CGGCUUCUGGAAGAGGAAGGUCGGGGUCCCCGGGCCGUUGGAACAGGGACAGCGAUGGAGCCCGCAGCCCUGGGUGGAGCCCCGCCCUGAGCGACCCGCCGGCAGCCAUGCUGCCCCGAGGGCGCCCCCGGGCGCUGGGGGCCGCGGCGCUGCUGCUCCUGCUGCUUUUGAUCGGCUUCUUCCUGUUCGGCGGGGACGUGGAGUACGGGCGGCCGCGGGGCGCUGCUGCCGUCGACGGAGACCCGUCUGCGGACCGCGGGGGCCGCAACCGCUCGGACUGCGUCCCGCCGCGGCCGCCGCUGCCCAAGUGCGAGCUCUUGCACGUGGCCAUCGUGUGUGCGGGACAUAACUCCAGCCGAGACCUGGUCACCCUGGUGAAAUCUGUGCUCUUCUACAGGAAAAAUCCGCUGCACUUCCAUUUGGUGACUGAUGCCAUGGCCAGGAACAUUCUGGAGAUGCUCUUCCACACGUGGAUGGUGCCCGCUGUCCGGGUCAGCUUCUAUGACGCCGAGGAGCUCAAGGCAGGAGCCCUGGCCCUUCUGCACUUCUUUCUGGCAGUGCCCAGCCCUUUCCUACUAGGGGUUCGGGGGUGGGGGCGUGUGGGAGAGGUUAGAGCUGCCUGGGACCCCCCAGUCCCAUCACACCUACAGAAGCUCAAAUCCCUCAUCCUCCCUGGGGCGUAUGCCUUCUUCCCCCUGUGUCACCCGGAGUAUGUCCGGCACUCAUACGCCCUUCUCUGCCAGGUUCAUGCCCUGUCCUCCCCCACCCCGCCCCAACAGCCCCAGGUCUCCUGGAUCCCCAACAAGCACUACUCUGGCCUGUACGGGCUAAUGAAGCUAGUGUUGCCUGCUGCCCUGCCCCCUGAGCUGGCCCGUGUCAUUGUCCUGGACACAGAUGUCACCUUCGCCUCUGAUAUCGCAGAGCUCUGGGCACUCUUUGCUCACUUUUCUGACGAGCAGGUGAUCGGUCUUGUGGAGAACCAGAGCGACUGGUACCUGGGCAACCUCUGGAGGAACCACAGGCCCUGGCCUGCCUUGGGCCGGGGAUUUAACACAGGCGUGAUCCUCCUGCGGCUGGACCGGCUCCGGCAGGCUGGCUGGGGGCAGAUGUGGAAGCUGACGGCCACGCGGGAGCUCCUCACCCUGCCCGCCACCUCCCUGGCAGACCAGGACAUCUUCAAUGCCGUAAUCAAGGAGCACCCGGGGUUGGUGCAGCCUCUGCCCUGCGUCUGGAAUGUUCAGCUGUCAGACCACACGCUGGCUGAGCGCUGCUACUCGGAGGCGUCCGAUCUCAAGGUAAUCCACUGGAACUCACCCAAGAAGCUGCGCGUGAAGAACAAGCACGUGGAAUACUUCCGCAACCUCUACCUGACCUUCCUGGAGUAUGAUGGGAACCUGCUGCGGAGAGAGCUCUUUGGGUGCCCCAGCCCGCCCGCAGCUGAGGCCGAGCAGGUGCAGCGGGCCCUGGCACAACUGGACGAGGAAGACGCCUGCUUUGAGUUCCGGCAGCAGCGGCUCACCGUGCACCGUGUGCACGUCACCUUCCUGCCCCACGAACCGCCGCCCCCCCGGCCUCACGAUGUCACCCUGGUGGCUCAGCUCUCUAUGGACCGGCUGCAGAUGCUGGAAGCCCUGUGCCGGCACUGGCCGGGCCCCAUGAGCCUGGCCUUGUACCUCACAGACGCAGAGGCCCAGCAGUUCCUGCGUUUCGUCGAGGCCUCGGCAGUGCUCUCUGCCCGGCAGAACGUGGCCUACCACGUGGUGUACCGCGAGGGUCCCCUCUACCCCGUCAACCAGCUGCGGAACGUGGCCUUGGCCCAGGCCCUCACGCCUUACGUCUUCCUCAGCGACAUUGACUUCCUGCCUGCCUAUUCCCUCUACGACGACCUCAGGGCCUCCAUCGAGCAGCUGAAGCUGGGCAGCGAGCGGAGAGCGGCUCUGGUAGUGCCGGCGUUUGAGACCCUACACUACCGCUUCAGCUUCCCCAGUUCCAAGGCCGAAGUGCUGGCCUUGCUGGACUCCGGCUUGCUCUACACCUUCCGGUACCACGAGUGGCCCCAGGGUCACGCACCCACAGACUAUGCCCGCUGGCGGGAGGCUCAGACCCCAUACCGUGUGCAGUGGGCCGCUGACUAUGAGCCCUACGUGGUGGUGCCACGUGAUUGUCCCCGCUAUGACCCCCGGUUUGUGGGCUUUGGCUGGAACAAGGUGGCCCACAUCGUGGAGCUGGAUGCGCAGGAAUAUGAGCUCCUGGUGCUGCCUGAGGCCUUCACCAUUCACCUGCCGCAUGGCCCAAGCCUGGACAUCUCUCGCUUCCGCUCCAGCCCCACCUAUCGUGACUGCCUCCAGGCCGUCAAGGAUGAGUUCCACCAGGACUUGUCCCGUCGCUAUGGGGCUGCUGCCCUCAAAUACCUCACUGCCCUGCGGCAGCCCCGAAGCCCCGCCUGACCUGGUGCGUGGCUCACCCCUGCCCCCCACUUGGCUCUCACAGGUCCCCUGCGGACACUGGAGCAACCCUGCCACCCUCCCCACCCUCCCCACCCUCCCCGCUAUUUAAAUUAUUGAAGGUCUCAGUGGAAAGGGCUUCAGUUGGAGCACCUGCGGGGUGGGUCCUGGGGGCCUCCCCUUGCUGCUAUCUAUGGCUGGGGUCUACUCUCUCGGUGCCCCAGCUGUAUGGGGCUGGUUUCCCCAUCUUCAUCUGUACAUCCCUUUUUCAUAAUUAAAGUUCUUCAAGCUCUU